AUGUGGGUCAAUCGUAGCGAUUUCUUUAGACUUUUACUCGAAUGGCAUUCAAAAUUUGGAGACACGUAUCAACUAUGGAUUGGUCUUCGACCAUUCAUAGCAAUGGCUGAUGCUGAUCAUAUUCAGGAAAUUUUGAAGUCAUCCGUUCAUAUUGACAAGAAUUUAGAGUAUGAUCUACUACUUCCGUUUAUCGGUACAGGACUAGUGACCAGUUCAGGAUCUAAAUGGCAUACAAGAAGGAAGUUAUUGACACCAACGUUUCAUCAAAAUAUUCUCGAGGAAUUCUUACCGUUAAUAGAAAAACAGAUUAAAACCUUAGUAAAGGUGUUAAGAAAAGAGGUCAAUAACGUUAAUGGAUUCGAUAUAAAGCCCUACGCGAAAUUGGCUGCACUAGAUACCAUCGGAAACACAGCCAUGGGAUGUGAGUUAAACUCACAGGAGAAUUCCCAACUGGAAUAUGUUAAAGCUCUGGACGAGCUUACUGCAAUCAUGCAAAAACGGUUUAUAACACCAUGGUUGAAACCUAAUUUACUAUUCAACUUAACAUCUCUCAGUAAAAGACAAAAGGCGUGUAUAGACGUUAUACAUACAUUUACAAGAAAGGUUGUAAAAGAGAGGAAGGACAAUUUUAAACUAUUCAAAGAUCAGACGUCAGAUGCAAACAAAAAAAAAACCCCUUAUGGUAAAAAUUAUACUAAUAGAGCAUUAUUAGAUUUAUUGAUAGAAGUGUCCGAAGAUGGAAAAGUAUUAAGUGAUGAGGAUAUUCAAGAAGAAGUUGACACUUUCAUGUUUGCGGGAGUUGAUACAACUUCUGUCACUUUGUCUUGGGUUAUGUAUGUCUUGGGUAAACAUCCACAUGUACAAGAUAAAAUAGUGGAAGAAUUAAACGAAAAAAUUCCAAAUUUCGGUGAUGAGAAGUUAACAGUAAAUAUUUUAAGCAGUCUUGACUAUUUGGGAAGAACAAUCAAAGAAGUGCUACGCCUUUACCCAUCCGUCCCAUUUAUUGGUAGACAAAUUUACAAACCACUCACAAUUGGUGAUCACACUAUUUUGCCGGGCACGUCAAUCUUCAUAAACGUGUUUGCUUUACACAGAAAUGAAAAACAUUUUGAGAACCCGGAAAAGUUUGAUCCCGAUAGAUUUUUAGAGGAAAACAAAAAAGAUCGCCAUCGCUUUGCCUUCGUACCAUUUAGUGCAGGAUCGAGGAACUGUAUUGGACAAAAGUUCGCAAUGAUCGUUCUCAAAAUAGCUGUUGCCACACUUAUAAAAACAUACAGAGUUAAGUCAAUAGACCCAGAAGAAAAGUUGGGGCUUGUUGGCGAAAUCGUAUUGAACGCACUGAACGGAAUCCACGUGACACUUGAAGAACGGGCGUAAAAGAACUUACUGACUUUAAUACAUACAUUCAUAUUGU